AUGGGGACGGUCUCACAGCUGAGCCGCCUCACCCAAUUCCUCAAGAUGAUGGAGCUUCAAGGACUUCAAGGAGAAGCUACGAGACUUCAAGACGCACCCAUGAACCCCGAGAGGAACCGACCGAGCGCACAAGACUUCUGGAUCGCCCCAGGCCACCAAACUCGGAUGGCUAUCUGGACCCUGAUGACCCAGCUUCGCGGAUCCGGCUUCUUCGACUUUGCAUUCACAUGUCUUACCAUUGGUAAUCUUCUCGUUGCUACCAUCUUCUUCGUCACGCCUGCCAAGGGUCUGCGAAUCACCACCGCCAUCAUCGCGGUGCUGCUGGCGGUCGACAUGAUUGUGAUCCUUGCAGUGCCACGCAUCAGACUCGAAGAGGGAUGGAUUGGUAUCGCAAGUGUCGUCUGGGCUUUCUUGAUGGCUGUUUGGUGCAUCCUGACAGACCGCGUUGUGGCCUACGGAAAGAGAGAAGAGGAGGAACGUCUCACUGGCCGCGCAGAGACACGCCGCACGUUGAAGGAGUGGAUCGCAGUCCUCCUCGCAACGGUUUUGACUGUCAUAUUCAUCCUCAUUGUCAUCCUCAUGACUGCCACCCUCGGCAUUCGUGGUCGCGACUCCACACUCAAGAUGUACGGCGACCGCAUCCUUGUUGAUGGCGACAAGUACGCUGUACAUCUCGGAUGCGUUGGUAACGUCACACACACCGAUGGCCAGAGGGAUCCUACCAUGCUCCUCGAGGCUGGUGAGGAACCUCUCGAGUACGACCUGGAGCAUUGGGCAUACUCAGCCUACAAGAACAAGACCAUCUCACGCUACUGCUACUGGGACCGCCCAGGCUACGCCUUUUCCGACAACGCGCCCUCCCCACACUCCGCCGGCAUGUCUGCCGACGCUCUAUCUGAAGCCCUCGCAAAGGCUGGCGAGGAAGGCCCAUGGAUCCUCGUCUCCGCCGGCACAGGCAGCAUCGUCUCCCGCAUCUUCAGCUCCCGCCACAUGAAGCAAGUCAGCGGCCUGCUACUCGUCGACCCUUACCACGAGGACCUCCUGCACCGCAUCGGCAGCCCCAGCCGCGGCUUCCUCCUCUGGGCCUGGGGCAUCAUCUCCCCGCUCGGCACCGUGCGUCUCGCCGGCGCGCUCUUCAAAGGCCGCACGCGCGAAGACCGCGUUUACGGCCGCAACGCAUACCAAUCCGGGAAAUUCAUCAAGGCUCAGCUCCAGGAGAACCUCGUCGCGGACAGCCUGUCCAAGAGCGAAGUCGUGUCGGCGCGCAACAUCCAGUCUGCUGACACGCCGCUGGCUAUUGUCAGUUCUGGGAUCGAAGUUAAACGUGAUAGCGAGUGGGAGCGCAAGCAAAAGGAUCUCACCAAACUCACGGAUAACCUUGUCGGGUGGGAUGUGGUUAACAAGGCGCCGCAUCAGGUUUGGCAGAGUCUUGAGGGCCGCACGGCGAUGGAGAAGAGGCUUAGACAGCUUGUCAAGGCGGCGGGGAAGAUCAAGUCUGCUGAGGAGUAG